UGCAGAGUCUACCACAAGGCCAUGAGGGCCGAGCAAUUCAUAAAGAUUGAAACGAAGCUGGCCUGGCUGCGGAUGAACAACCUGAAGCCGAGCUCCCAGCAUGUGCUCUACGUGGAGGCGGUGGGCGAAAGGGGUGACUCCCUGCCCUCCGAGACGCUGGUGGCCUGGACGGAUCCCGCCCUGCCUGCCUUUGUGGAUCCCCCCACUGUGCAUCCGGCGGACAACAUACCUGAGGGUGGAUCCAUGACCAUUUUGUGUCUGGCCUUGGGGAACCCGGCGCCCACCAUCUCACUCUAUGUGGGCGGACACCUGGUGCGGCAGGAUACCUCGCGGCACAUGGUUACGGUCAUUCACAAUGUGUCCGCGGAUAUGGAGCAUGUCUCCUGCUAUGCCGACAAUGGCUAUGGAGUACCCAUGCAGGCCACCAGAAGGGUUAACAUAUGCUAUCCUCCCAAAAUCCAAGCAGCUGGCAUCACAGUCGCCUCCAUUGGCGAUGAGAUUGAGCUGCGCUGCACUGUGGACUCCAAGCCGGCGCCCAAAACGAUUUUCUGGCGGGAGAAAGAUGGCCGAGUGCCGGUCAUUAAUGGUGGCAACAAUUUCAUAUCCGUGAAGACCAACGAAUCGCGUCCUUCGAUCUAUACCAUGUCCUUGAGAAUAAGCAAGCUGCAGGCCAAUGAUGUUGGUGAUUAUUUCUGUCAUGCGGAGAAUCCCUUUGGAGCCACCACUACACCGGUUUCGGUGCGUAUACGUAAUACGCCGGCUCUGAAUCACAAUGUCUCGGAGUGUUGUGCGGAGCAGAAUGUCACCAUGGCCUGCAGGAGUGCCUGCAGUUAUUAUGUGGACUUUGAUGCCAUUGCCGAUCGUCCCGAAUGUAUUGUGGACUUUGAUAAGCUAAUGCGUUGUGCAGCCGAUGGAUCAGAUCAUCGUUCCUGCUGUGCAGAUGAGCAUGUUCCUCGAAAAUGUCUGAACUGGUGCCGUGGGGAGUCUGUUCGCUCCAAGGAGAUUUGCAGCUUGCAGUAUGCCCGCACCAUCGUGGGUUGCUUUGAGAAGAAUAGGGAUCGCUUGCCGGGACCACCGGAGAAUAUAGUGGUCAGUGUGGUCUCCGAUAGCGAAGUUUCCAUAAGAUGGGAUGCGCCGACAAAGAAUCCAAAUGCCGUUGACGGCUAUAGAAUAUUUUACCACGAGGCCGCCGUCCUGCCGCCAACAUCAACCAGUUCGGGUUCGCAGGACCAUGCUUCCUCGAUGGAAAACUCUGGAAUGGAUACCCUGGCCGCCAUGAAUAAUGCAACAAGUAUGGGUAGCGGUGGCAGCGGCGGCAGCAAUGCGAUGGCUGCUCUCGAGAUACGACGCAUCGACGUAAAGGACACAACAAUAAGCAUUAAUGGCCUCAAGAAGGAUGUGCUCUACGAGCUGGUGGUGAAGGCUGGCAAUAGCUACGGUGCCAGUGUGCUCACAGAUCCGAUUAGGUUCACGCUCGGCGAGCACCAUGUGACCUCGGCCACAAGCAGCUAUUCGAGCGCCGUGGGCACCAUCAGCGGCAUUGUGGCCAGCAUCCUGGCCAUCCUUUUGGCGGCGGCCGCCAUUGUAUUCUAUCGCCGGCAGCGCUCGAGCUACGGAAAGUCGGCCAAUGGCAAUGUGGCAUUCGAGAAUCCUACCUACACCCGAGGCCUGGAACAGGUGCAGCUGCCUACUGUCACAUCGGCCAUAACAACGCAAAAUGGCAGCAACAGCAACAACAGUGGGAGCAACAGUCACAGCCAUGGUCGUAAUGGCAUUGCCGCCACAAUGACGACAUCCACGACGACAACGGCGCCGACAGCAGCGGCCACCUCGGCAGGUGUUGCUGUUGCGGGGAAGCAGCAUCAUCAGCAGCAGCAUCAUAAGAGUGCCGCAGAUGCGGCGCAUCACUUUCAUAACCCGCUCAGCAAUACGCAGUGCAAUGAAGUAAAUCCCACAAUUUAUGAAGAGCUCAAACUUGGCCAAGAAGGUGCUGGAUUUAAGAAACUUGUGCCAUAAACGAAGCACAGCUAACAAUAACAAUAACAACACACACAGGACAACAACAACAACAUGA